AUGCCUUUGGCUAUUGAUUUGUUGCACCCUGAUCCAGAGACUGAGCGUCAACGCCACAAGCUCAAACGACUUGUUCAACAUCCUAACAGUUAUUUCAUGGACGUUAAAUGCCCAGGAUGUUUUAAGAUCACAACAGUCUUUUCACAUGCGACGACCGUCGUUGUUUGCGUUGGAUGUAAUACCGUUUUGUGUACGCCGACUGGAGGAAAAGCUCGUUUGACUGAAGGUUGCUCCUUCCGUAAGAAGCAACAUUAA